AGCCAAUCAGAAUACUUCGCGCCAUCGUUGCCAGUAGGGGCUCACUGUAAGGGAGGAACGUAGUAGUGCCGUUUUUUUUAAACGUAUUAUUAUUAUUUUAAAUAAUAAUUUGUUCACCUGAUUUCUACGUGUAAACAAGGUGUACUAUAUAGAAUGCCAAGCAGGAAGUUUGAGAAUGGAGAAUUGGUGAUGGGGCGCUGGCCUGGCAGCAGUCUCUAUUACGAGGUGAAGGUGAUGGAUUAUGACACAUCCACUCAGCUCUACACAGUAAAGUACAAGGACGGCACUGAACUGGAACUGAGGGAGGCUGAUCUGCAGAAAAUGAAUUUGUUUAAAAAUAGAAGGGAGAGCUCUCGUUCGAACUCCUCGUCUCGAAGACGCAGUCGCUCACGCUCCCCAGGCAGGACAUCGCGCCGCUCUUCCAGCCGGACCACACGGCGCUCCUCCUCCCGUGGCAGAGAGGCCAAAAAAGAGGUCAAGGUGCAAGAGGUCCUGGAAGUCACCAUGUCUCCACUGCCGAAGUCUGUCAUAAAUAAUAUCAAUAAUCCGCACAUGAAGAAAGAGGUGAAUGAUACAGCCCACAAAAACAUUGAGCAUAAAAUUGAGUCAGAAUUGGACAGCAGCCGCUUAGACGUGCGCUACAACCUACGUCCACGAAAAGAGGAGACUGCUGGUAAAGUGAUGGAGAGUGAAGAGCCUGAGAGAAAAAUGGAAAACAUUGUUGAGAAGACUCAUAAAUACAAAGUGCCUAAAACAACCGAACUUGAAUUCGGGGGGAAAAUAGGUGCCUUCUUUAUGCUGCUUCUUCUCCCAGCCACUGUGUUUACUCUCCUGUUGAUCUGUGGUAGAAAGGAUGCCAGUGUGUUAAAUUUCCCUCCUGCUUUGCCUGCACUCAACACGUUGUGGGACAACCAAGUUUUUGGAAUUGUUGUUCUGUGGUUUCUCGUUCAAGCAUUGAUCUAUGUACUGCCGAUUGGGAAGGUUGUGGAUGGAUUGCCUCUUAAAAAUGGGAACAGGCUGAGAUACAGGAUUAAUGGAUUUUAUGCAGUUUGUGUAAGUGCAGUUCUGGUGGGGGCAGCUGUAAACCAUGGAAUAGACUUGAGCUACAUCCAUGGGCACUUCAUGCAGUUUGCUGUUUCAGCAAUGGCCUUUUCUCUGGUACUUGGUAUAUAUCUUUACAUACGAUCCCGUUGGGCUUCUGAGGAUGAACUAGCACCAGGUGGAAACUCGGGUAACUUAAUUUACGAUUUCUUCAUCGGACAUGAGCUGAACCCUCGUAUUAAAAACUUUGAUCUGAAGUACUUCUGUGAGCUCCGUCCAGGUUUAAUUGGUUGGGUUGUAAUUAACUUUGCAAUGAUGCUGGCUGAAAUGAAGCUGCAAAAACUUGAAUAUCCAUCGUUGGCUAUGAUUUUGGUUAACAGUUUCCAGCUUCUCUAUGUUUUGGAUGCUCUUUGGAAUGAGGAAGCUAUCUUGACCACUAUGGACAUUGUUCAUGAUGGAUUUGGAUUUAUGCUGGCUUUUGGAGAUUUAGUCUGGGUUCCCUUCACCUACAGUUUGCAGGCUUUCUACCUGGUUAAUCAUCCUAAUGAAGUUUCCUGGCCUUUCGCUGCAGCUAUUAUCACUCUUAACUUCAUUGGCUACAUUGUGUUCCGUAAAGCCAACUCUCAAAAAAAUGCUUUUAGAAGAAAUCCCUAUGACCCUAAAGUUGCACGUAAGUAACACAUCUAUAUAGUCUGUCAUUUACUUUGUUG